AUGAACACAGCGGAGAAUAGAGCUAGUACACCUACGAGAACAAAUUCAAUUGCCGAAACCAAUAAUUCAUCGCGACGAACAUCACUAAGUCAAACCCGUCAUCAUGUGAAUUCAGUGUCUGUUCCCGUCCAAAGUCAUAGAGCUGCUCGAAAUGAUAUAAUUAUGAAUGAUGAAUUCUCGUCGUCAAACAGCGUACCAUCAGCAGCAGCUGUAACAGUUGCGUUUGCCAAAGACGAAAAGAAACGUUUGACAGCGUAUGAAAAACUUCUCUACGAUUCUCAACAUGAUAUGCGAUUCAAAGCGGAGGAGAAGGCCGGUCGACGAAUUGGAUUUUAUCGUAUUCGUGGUGAUAUUGGUUUAGGAAAUUUUUCUCGUGUUAAACUAGGUGUACAUUUACUUGCUAAAGAAAAAGUUGCAAUAAAAAUUCUUGAUAAAACUAAACUCGAUGAACGCACUCAACGGUUACUCUUACGUGAAAUAACAUCAAUGGAACGUUUACAUCAUCCAAAUAUAAUCCGGUUAUAUGAAGUCAUUGAAACACCGACAGAGAUUUACAUCGUUACUGAAUAUGCACCUGGUGGUGAACUCUAUACUCGAAUAUCAAAAGCAGGAAAAUUCGCUGAAGAUGAAGCAAAGUCUCUUUUCGCUCAAUUGACAGCGGCUAUUGAUCAUAUGCAUAGUAAAGGUAUUAUUCAUCGUGAUAUCAAAAGUGAAAAUGUCUUCUUUGCUAAAGAACGCUUGAUCAAAUUAGGUGAUUUCGGUUUUAGUACAUAUUCGGAAAAGAAUCAGACAUUGACUACAUUUUGUGGUAGUCCACCUUACGCUGCACCGGAGUUAUUCCGUGACGAGAAUUAUAUUGGAAUUUAUGUUGAUUUUUGGGCUAUGGGUAUUCUCUUGUAUUUUAUGGUGACCGGUUUAAUGCCUUUCCGAGCUGAAAAUGUGGGAAAAUUGAAGAAAUCGAUUAUUGAUGGACAUUAUUCCAUUCCAGCACAUGUGUCAAAUGAAUGUCAACAACUAAUUCGCGGCCUUCUUCAUCCUGAAGCUGUUCAACGCUGGUCGAUCGAACAGAUUCGCUCAUGUGCAUGGCUUACAAAUCAAAAUUUUCCGAACGAACUCGAACCAUUACCAUUGAACCUAACGAACUACUGGACAUCUGUAAAUAAAGAUUUGACUAACACUGAAACUACCAACGGUACUACGAAUAAUUUACCUAAAACAUCCUCAUUUGAAUAUGAAGCUCAUUCGAAAUUAGAAGAUUUAGGUAUAACAAGCGAACUGUUACAAAAAACGACUAAGAAUUCCAAUAAUAAAUUUCUUUCCAACCGUGAUAGUAUUAACGGCACAUAUCGAAUUAUUCUCCACCGUUUGCAAAAACAAUCAAAUCCAAUCGAACGUGAUGAUUUCUAUGAUAAAACAGUCAACGAAGAUCUAUCAGCAUCAUGGGGUCGUUCUAUGUCGGUCAGUGCAGAACCCGGUGGCGGACGAAGAAGCUCAUUUGGUAAACCAAUCAGUGUUUCCUAUGGAGGAACAACAACCAAAACCAAACGAAAUCUAAACCGAGCACAACAACAACAACAACAUCGACCAACAAAUAACAAUGCUCAACAACAGUCGACCAAAGUCUGUACUAUUCUAUGA